UCUCACCCUCGAUUCCCCCCUGACCACCAGUCGUCCCUUCCAAAUUCUCUGCUCUGCUUACUCCUGAAACCUCCGGACCAACAGCUGGACACUUUAGUCGAUCACCGUCCGCUGUCUGUACUCCACAAACACACGUUCCUCCAUCCAUCCAGCCCACUACUGCCACCGUCACCUGAGCAUCAUGCGGGUGCUACUGGAGAGCAGCUGGAUGAGGUUUGGACCAGCAGGCAGAGGGUCGUACGACUGGGUGACAGGACCGCCUCCAACACAGGAGCAGCAGGGCUUUAACUGGAAUGAGUUGGAAAUGGGAGAGGACAGAAAGUCAGAGCUGGUGGUCUACAUUGUCCUGCCGGUCGUCUCUGUCCUCCUGCUGGCUCUGCUGGUUGCUCUGAUCUAUCGGCGUUGUUCCCGCAGUAAGCUGAGUCUGGCCAACAUCAUCGCUCUGGACCUGCAGGACGCCGAGAGCAGCGCCGAGUUCCUCUCCUCCCUGACCAGGAACGCUGAGCGCCACACCAGCACCAGCUCUGAUGGAUCAGAUGGAGUCUUUGUCAUGGUCUACCUGCCUCCACCUUACGAGGAAACGCUCACAAAGAUCACCCGGGCUGCCAGCCUGUCCAGCUCCAAAGAUGUGGAGUCGAUAAAGAUAGAAGAUCUGGAGGCCAAGCUGUGUCCAGAGCUCAGGUCCAGUGGUCAAUAUGUGUGACAUGGUGUUUUUGCCAGUGUAAAAAGACAUUAUAAAUCCAAGGUUUUUGUUUUUUUUAUAACUUUGUGUUCUGUAAAUUAUACUCAGCUUCUUUAACUAUCAUUCAGUUCUGCUGCUCUAUUGCUCUAUGAAGAUAUUUAACCGCUUUUAUCACCUAGGUUGGAUUUUAGUGCACAUUUCAGCUGCUGUCAACUCUUGUCAACUUCAUUUCCAGCAGCAGAUGGCAGCAAACAAACUCUGAUGAACUACCUACUCAACAGCAAACAACUGAUAGAUGAUUUAAGGACUAACUGGGGAAGAAAAAGGAACAUUCAGUCAUUAAAGAGCCAACCUGCAGCUAAAGGACAUGAGUACCAUCCACAGCAGGAGAACAGUGCUCUGUCUACCAGACGUGUUGUUGGACACUCCUCUGUGGGUUGUCAGCUUGUUUUGGUUUUCUUCUGCUCUCUAAUAUCCGCAAAACAAUAAACUGCAGCCUUUAACACCA